CUCUCCAGCUCGUGCGCUCUGUCUGCGCGCGGACAUCUCCAGGUUCCGGGUGACCGCGCUGUGGACACGGUGGAAAACACGUCAGCCAGGGAGGAGCGCGCGCACGUGCCGCCGCAGUCCGGGGCGUUCCACGCGCUGGAGUUUGUGGGCAGUUAUAGUGAGGUAAGAGCCCUCCGCGCGCUCUGGCCGCCGCUGAUCCGCGCGCAGGUGUGUCCGGCGGCCACUUGCGGGUCAGGGCUGGACACCAUGCGCGGAGUAAGGGCUGCAGGUGCGCUCGAGCCGUCGCGCGCUUCUCCAGCCGUCCCGCGCUGCUAAGGCUCCCUCCAGCAUGAUGACCCUCCCCAGGCGCGCGCUGCUCCUCCAGCUCCUCAUCCUCACCGGUCCGUUCAGCACUUUACACCUGAACAGCUGCAGUGUGAUGGGCAGCCCUCUGAUGAUGGAUGCCAACAGCAUCUGCAGGAGGAGCAAGCCUCCAGGUGGUGCUCACGCCGAGCUGUGCCAAACGAAGCCAGAGAUCAUUCAAGAAGUGGCUAAAGGUGCGCGACUGGGCAUGCGCGAGUGCCAGCACCAGUUCCGUCAGCACCGCUGGAACUGCAGCAGCCACAGCAAGAGCCUGGGCAAAAUCUUACAGCAAGAUAUUCGGGAGACUGCGUUUGUGAACGGGAUCAUGGCUGCGGGAGUGCUACAUGCAGUGACGCAGGCCUGCAGUCAGGGGGAGCUGUUAGAGUGUGGCUGUGUGACCCUUAAGAAUUCUCCUGGAAGCCCCAAAGAACGGGCCUCCGAACACAUGCCCAGCCCAAUGUCUGCACUCCAGGACCUACGCUGGGAGUGGGGCGGCUGCGGGGACGACGUGGACUUCGGGUAUGAGAUAUCUCGGCAGUUCAUGGACACCCGGAGGCGAAAAGGAAAGAGCGACAUCAGGACUCUGGUUGACCUGCACAACAACGAGGCAGGGAGGCUGGCAGUAAAGACCCACAUGCGGGCUGAAUGUAAAUGCCACGGGCUGUCGGGCUCCUGUACCCUCCGCAGCUGCUGGAGGAAGCUGCCUCUGUUCCGGCAGGUGGGCAAUCACCUCAUGGAGAGCUUCCGCACGGCCGUCCGAGUGAUGGGCGGCAACGACGGCAAAUCCCUGAUUCCUGUGGAGCAGGACGUCACGCUGCCGGGCACAGACAGCCUCAUCUACUCAGACGAGUCGCCGGAUUUCUGCCAGGCGAGUCGCAGGACGGGGUCAGAGGGCACACAGUACAGAGCGUGUAACAGCAACAGCACAGAGACAGGACCCGGUGCCUGCGACUGGCUGUGCUGCAGUAAGGGCCACACGGUGCUGGCCCUGGAAUACCAGGAAAACUGCAUGUGCCAGUUCCAGUGGUGCUGCGAGGUGCAGUGUCAGACGUGCUCUGUAAAGAAGGAGGUCACCGUCUGCCUUUAAACUCUGCUGAAUGGAUUAAAACCAGAUGUCAAACUGUUUUUUAAGAUGUUAUUCCCAGAGGUACACAUGCUUUUAUGGGGACUGUUCUCUAAUGUGUGGAUGAUUUGAUUUGAUAUCCACACAGGUAAUGAAAUUGUGAGAGGUUUUUAAUAACAUUGUCAUUCAAAGUAGUCCUGGCAAACAAAACAUUUUGAACCAUUUUAAAUUAAGAUUUAAGAUUUAGAGAAAAAGCACUCCAGAAGUUGAGCUCAGCUCUCUCUCUAAAACAGCUUUUACACAUAAUGUCAACAGAAUCAUACAAUGUAAUAAAUAAAGUAUAUGUUUAAUAUUUAUGAUUCAGAAUCAUUAAUGGCCACAACUGAAAAAAAUUGAAGAUUGGAUCAUUCAACAAAAACGAGAAAUGUUCAUCUAUCUAGGGAGCAUAAAGCAUGCUAAAGGUUAGUUACUGAUGCCGACCUAGAAACUACAUCAAUCCACGCAGAUACUGUAUAUUUUUGGUGUCCAGACAAAAAAACUGUAUUGACCUUGGAAAUAAAAGUAUGGACAGUCAUCUCAAAAGAUCUGAAUUAAGAAAGAUGUAAAAUUGAGAAGAGAUGUGAAAAAAAAAAUCAGAUUUUAUGUGUCCACACAGCCCUUAAAAAAUAGACCUGUUUUACAUCAAGGCAAAAAACCUGAUUAGAGUUACUUUAACCUUGAAAGGUGAACCAACUGUGAGAUACAAAUAAUAAACAAUUCAUAAAUUUAAAUACACUAAAAGUAAGUACACCCCUCUCAUUUUUGUAAAUAUGUGUUAUAUCUUUUCAUACACAACACUUUGGCACUUUAAUAUAAUGUACAGUAGUCAGGGUACAUCUAGUAUAUGCAGGGCUGUUCAUUUUGGUGUUUUGGAUACAAUUCUCUCAUCCUGGCCACUGGAUAUUUAACAUUGCACUUUUUGGUAAGAAAACUCUCUGAGGAUGUGCGAAACAGAAUUGUUGCUGUCCACAAAGAUGGCAUACGUUAUAAGAAGUUGCUAACAACCUAAAACUGACUGGUCAAGGUCAUACCUGAAAACAUAGUUUUCCAGGACAGGUUCCACUCAGAACAGGCCUCUCAAGGGCUGACCAAUAAUGUUGGGUCCACGUGUUCAUAAUAUCCAAAAGUUGGCUUUAAGAAAUAGACAUAUGAGUGCUGCCAGCAUUGCAGCAGAACUUAAGGAAGUGGGAAGUGGGACAAUACGCCACACACUGCAUCAACUAUGUCUGCAUGGUACUGUCCUAGGUAAAGCCUCUUCUGAAGCUGAUGCACAAGAAAGCCUGCAAAUAGUUUGCUAAAAGCGUACAAUCCAGUAGAAUGGAUUACUGGAACCAUGUCUUGUGGUCUGAUAAGACCAAGAUAAACUUGUUUGACUCACGACUGCAGCAUCCUUGAAUUAUUUCGAGGGCACAGCAAAUGUACACUGUUAUACAAACUGUAUACUCACUACUUUAUAUUGUAUUAAAAUGUCAUCUAUUCAGUGUUGUCCCAUGAAAAUAUAUGUUGUCCCAUAAAAUAUUUACAUAAAUUGAGGGGUGUUCCCACUUUUGUCACAUACUGUACCUGAUUCCCACAUACAUGUUUGAAUAUGUAUUUAAAGUUGUACAUACAAACUGCUGCACCCCUAAAUAUGUUAUCACUGUUUUCUGUUAUGUUGUAGAUAGAAUAUUGUUUAUACGUUUGUAUAUAAAGUGUUGUAUAUGAAGUAUGAAUGCAUGUGGUUUAGGGUUUAGCCAUAGAAUGUGUGUGCUUAGCUUUGUUAAAGUAAAAUAAAAUAUAUUUUAUUUGUUUA